UCAAAUGGGAGUAUUUUCAAGAAGAAAAAAAUAUUUAAAAAAAAGUUAUCACAAUAAAGUCAUAAAACAAUCAUAAUGACACUAUGUCGAGAUUAGCAAAAAGCGAUUAUCUGGUAUGAACCAGUUUAUCGCUCUCACAAAAUGAGAUAAUACCCAUUUUAUACGGUAAAAUAAAAGUUAACAUCUGAAUUUAGGUGCGAAUCGCUCACGAAACGGGAAUUCCAGAAAGCGCCGAUACGGCGCAAUAAACUUUCCACAAAUUGAUAAAACUUUGAUACAUACAGAAAAUGAAAGUAAAUUCAUCGGUUUUUCCCAUUUCAGUCGGGAAUUUGUGCGAAUUGAGGCCAUCAAAAUAUUUCUUUCUUCGCAAAAAUGAUAUAUUACUAUUGCAUUUAUUUAUGAUAAGCGAUUCGAUACGAUCAUCGCGUACCAAAUGAAAGAAACUGCCAUAUAUAUAAAGAGUGAUAAUUAGAAAACCGUUAGACACAAGCCAUUGGAUUUAAUGAGCCGAGGAACGCGUUUCGAAUUAGUGUAAAUAAAAUCACUUUUCACUUCAAUCGAUUCAACGAAUUUCAUGAACAAUAAAAAAAUGAAAGUGAAAAUCGCGAGUAAAUACUUGCUGCGACGACAUCGACUAAACAGAAGCUUGGAUUCUUAUCCAAGUGUAAGUGAGGUGACAAGCGGUUCACUUGAAGUAUGGGCCAAUUUACCUGAUCAAAUACGCUGUGAUCCAUCAUUGGCAUCGUUUCGUCAAGAGCAUGAACGUAUCCAUGGUUCACAUUUAGGUGUAGAAGAGCAGGAUCCAUUGCCGAAUGAAGAAGAUGUGUCGGUGGGUGAUGUAAAUAUAACGAACCAUGCACAUCCUCCAGUGACCGGUGAAUUUAUUGCGAUAAAUGUCAGAAAUGACGAAGGCGAGAAAGUCAAACAACAGCUUCCAAAUGGGGAAAAUAGUACAGUGUUAUCGGAUCUAAACCAUACAGGUGUUACGGCCAAUGAGAGCGAUGAAGCUGAACCGAAAACCACGACACAAAAAAUAUUGAACGGCAUCAAAAUAGCGCUGUUGGUGGCUGUAUGGAUUUUAUUUACGGGCAUUUUGAUGUCAAAAGAUGAAAAGGUGCUGACACAUCAUCAACUGGCUGUUCCGAUUCACAAAAAUAAAACUUAUGUUCUUGAUGAAUUGCCACUUGAGUCUCGUUUGGGUGUUGUUAUUUAUGGUGCAUUUGCCGAUGAAAAUAGUAACUCAAGCAAUUUUCUACACAUCCAAGUUCAGUUGCUUCACAGACAGGUGGACGAUGUGAAUAGUAGUUCAAGCAUUGCAUAUAUUGAAAAUGAUAAUAAUAUCUUUAAAGUACCGAUUGUUGAAAAUAUCGAAGACAUCGACACGGCACCAGAAGUGAAAAGAACCCAUACAUUCCAUUUAGAUCAAAAGAUGUUUGAACAAAUUGAAAACAAUAGUACCAUUCUGCGACUUCGAAUUGGUUCAAAUUUACCGGUUAGUUUUCCUAUCAAUUUGGCAUACGAUCCAACGCCAAUCGAUAAAUCACUCGGCGUUAUUUAUGCAGCCUUUGUUCUAUUGGGAUUAUAUAUUAUGAUUAUUUGGGAAGUGGUGCAUCGAACAUUUGCCGCCAUGGUUGCGUCAACGACUGCAAUCGCCAUUUUAGCAUUGAUGAACGAACGACCAACAAUGCCCGACAUAAUGUCAUGGAUUGACGUUGAAACAUUGCUGUUGCUCUUUGGUAUGAUGAUAUUAGUUGCAAUUCUCUCAGAGACUGGUAUUUUUGACUAUUUUGCCGUUUAUGCAUUCAAGAUUACAAAUGGAAAAAUUUGGCCACUCAUAAAUUGUUUAUGCCUAUUUACGGCGCUUAUGUCGUCAUUUCUUGAUAAUGUAACGACCGUUCUACUGAUGACACCAGUUACAAUUCGUUUAUGUGAAGUGAUGCAAUUGAAUCCGGUACCAAUUUUAAUGUCCAUGAUCAUUUUCUCAAAUAUCGGGGGUGCAAUCACUCCGGUCGGCGAUCCGCCUAAUGUAAUUGUUGCAUCAAAUCAGUAUGUUAUUAAUAGCGGUGUGAAUUUCUUCACGUUUAGCCUUCAUAUGUCAAUUGGAAUUAUUUUAGUGAUGGUCCAAACAUACAUACAAUUGCGAUAUAAAUUCCGAAACAUCAACGAUUUACGCUUCGUCGAACCACAAGAUAUUCAAGAAUUGCGCCAUGAAAUAGCCGUUUGGCAACGGGCCGCUUCAUCGUUGUCCUCAUAUUCGAAAGACGAAGAUUUGGUACGUGAAACGCUUGUGAAAAAAGUCAAUCGACUUCAACGGCAUCUUAAGAAAAAAAUAUCAUCGGGUUCAGUUCCGGCAGAUAAUUACCAGCAAACUUUGGAAGAUUUACAAAAAAAAUAUCCAAUUCGUAAUCGUGCACUAUUGGUGAAAUCGGCCGUGACACUGAUAUUUGUCAUAAGUUUCUUCUUCUUGCAUUCCGUGCCCGAUAUACAACGAUUAUCGUUGGGUUGGACUGCACUGUUAGGUGCGAUAUUAUUAUUAAUUUUAUCUGAUCGUGAGGAUAUGGAAUCGAUUUUAGCACGUGUAGAAUGGUCAACCCUACUAUUUUUCGCUGCCUUAUUUGUAUUAAUGGAAUCAUUGGCAGGACUUGGGCUGAUCGAUUGGAUUGGUACACAGACCGAAAGUAUCAUUUUAACAGUUAACGAAGAAUCUCGUCUGGCUGUUGCUAUUUUAAUCAUUUUGUGGGUGUCAGCAAUCGCAAGUGCUUUUGUCGAUAAUAUUCCGCUCACAACGAUGAUGAUUAAGGUGUCAAUUUCAUUGGCAGAAAAGAAAGCACUCAAUUUGCCAUUACAACCGUUGAUAUGGGCAUUAGCAUUUGGCGCUUGCCUUGGUGGUAACGGUACAUUGAUUGGAGCAUCGGCAAAUGUAGUAUGCGCAGGUGUUGCCGAACAGCACGGCUAUCGAUUCACAUUUAUCGAAUAUUUCAAAGUUGGUUUUCCCGUUAUGCUUGGUUCAAUUGUUGUAGCAACCGGAUAUCUUCUUGUUUGUCACAUGUGCUUUACAUGGCACUGAAUAUCAUCCACAAAUAUCACAUCAUAUUCAAUUUGUGUUCGACGGAAACGUGUUUUUUCGGGAUUGUGAAUGAACGAGAAAAAUUGCACCAUCAUCAUUAUUUAUUGCAUUCGUCUCUUAGCAAAAUACAAAAAAAAAAUGUGUAUUUAGUUGAAUACGAUUCCCCAACAUUUCAGAACUUGUGCUCAAAAUCUUUAAAGCAUUUCCAAUUGGCAGAUGCUUUGAAGUACAGAUUGUGAUUGAUUCUAGAGAAACAAACACACAUGUAAUGUGCGUGAAUUUAAUUUGUAUUAGAAAAUUGAAAAUUAUCUAUAUGUUAUUGUUAGGAGUAAUUUGACGGCCAACGUUGACCGUUGGAUUAGAAAAUGAACAAAUUUAAGAUAUUUACUAUAAAGAAAAUCAUACACACAAUAUAACCCGGACAAAAGGUACAAACUAUUCCAUUUGAAAAUUUAACAAUAUAGCCCAAAAUAAAAUAUGCCAACAAAUGGGCUGAUCAAAUUUUGAGAAAAAAAAUUCCACAAAAUUCGACAUAAGAAUUUUUUUAGGAUUUGUGCAACAAUGAAUUUUCUUCAUUUAUAAUGUAAUGCAAAUUAUAGAGAAUUUUCGGAGACAAAAAAAAUUAUGAACGAUUCCGAACUCAGUUUAACUCUAAAUUUAACUGUUGAAAUUGUACAUAAACAUGCUAUUAUAAAAAUAGAAAAUUAUUAACGUGCAAUUAGAAUUCUAGAACUCUAUCAGAAUGAAUAGACAUUAAUUUCAUUAGCAGAUCGUUGUUCAGUAAUUGAAAUAGUACAAAAAGUGAGUUUUAUUGAAAUUAUUAUGAAAUAAAAAAAAAAUACUAAUAAAAAUUGAUUACUGAAGAGAAGUUUUGAAGAGCGAAAUAGAACAAUUUGGCUGAAUUGAAUUUCGGCCGGUCAGGGAUGUAUAAACAUAAGAAACGUGUGCCUUAUCAAAAAAUAAAAUUCUAUGAAGAUAAAAUCAAUAGGAUAAAUCCCAAACAUACCUCACAAUGAAUUAAUCGCAAUGACUGAAAUAAUGUCAUAAACCGGAAUUCAUUGUGCGGCAUGCUCUGGUUAAAUCGAUUUCAAAUUUUAUAGUUAAAAUCAAUUCACCCUCUCCGACCAAAAAAAAAAAAAAA